UCCAGAGCCAGAGUUGAGAGCAAAAAGCUGAAAGUCCACAAUCGAGCAGCUCAUUUAGUGUGUGAUCGUCAAACAGUUCAGAUUGUCGGUGUUUUGUGUACCGCUUCCUAACAAAAGGACAGAAAAAAGAGGACAUUCCUUGUGCAUUUUAACCAGACAAGAGGAAGCAAGCAACUUCGCCCUAAAGUUUUUAAAACUACUCGUUUAUUUAUUGCUAGUCGUCUUCGAGUGUAGCCAAAGGCCACUGAAAGACGCGUGUGAAGUUUAGUAUUUGUUGAAGAAAAGUAACAAAAACUUAGUUCACCAUGAGAGAAAUCGUGCACAUCCAAGCCGGCCAGUGCGGAAACCAGAUUGGAGCUAAGUUCUGGGAAAUCAUCUCCGAUGAGCACGGAAUCGACGCCACUGGAGCCUACCACGGUGACUCAGAUCUGCAGCUGGAGCGCAUCAACGUAUACUACAAUGAAGCCUCCGGAGGAAAAUACGUGCCACGCGCCGUGCUAGUCGAUCUGGAACCCGGUACCAUGGACUCUGUCCGCUCCGGACCAUUCGGGCAGAUCUUCCGUCCGGAUAACUUCGUCUUCGGACAGUCAGGUGCCGGUAACAACUGGGCCAAGGGACACUACACAGAAGGUGCCGAACUGGUCGACUCCGUUCUGGAUGUCGUGCGCAAGGAAGCCGAAUCCUGCGAUUGUCUGCAGGGAUUCCAGCUGACCCACUCGCUCGGUGGCGGUACCGGAUCCGGUAUGGGAACACUGUUGAUCUCCAAAAUCCGUGAGGAAUACCCCGACAGAAUCAUGAACACAUACUCCGUUGUACCCUCGCCAAAAGUAUCAGACACAGUUGUGGAACCCUACAAUGCUACCCUGUCAGUGCACCAGCUUGUAGAAAACACCGACGAAACCUACUGUAUCGACAAUGAAGCCCUGUACGAUAUCUGCUUCCGCACCCUGAAGCUCACAACCCCUACAUACGGCGAUCUGAACCAUCUCGUGUCACUAACCAUGUCCGGAGUCACCACCUGUCUGCGAUUCCCCGGUCAACUGAACGCCGAUCUCCGAAAACUGGCCGUGAACAUGGUUCCUUUCCCACGUCUGCACUUCUUCAUGCCCGGAUUCGCCCCACUCACAUCCCGUGGAUCGCAACAGUACCGUGCCCUGACAGUCCCAGAACUGACCCAGCAGAUGUUCGAUGCCAAGAACAUGAUGGCUGCCUGUGAUCCACGACAUGGACGGUAUCUGACAGUUGCCGCCGUAUUCCGAGGACGCAUGUCGAUGAAGGAAGUCGAUGAACAGAUGCUGAACAUCCAAAACAAGAACAGCAGCUACUUCGUCGAAUGGAUCCCUAACAACGUGAAGACCGCCGUCUGUGAUAUCCCGCCACGAGGUCUGAAAAUGUCCGCUACCUUCAUCGGCAACUCGACAGCCAUCCAGGAGCUGUUCAAGCGUAUCUCGGAACAAUUCACCGCUAUGUUCCGUCGAAAGGCUUUCUUGCAUUGGUACACUGGCGAAGGUAUGGACGAGAUGGAAUUCACCGAAGCCGAAAGCAACAUGAACGAUCUGGUGUCCGAAUACCAACAGUACCAGGAGGCCACCGCCGACGAAGAUGCCGAAUUCGACGAGGAGCAGGAGGCUGAAGUUGACGAAAACUAAGCUAACUGAGCUCUCAGAAAAACACACUAAACUCGACCCUGCUCCCCUUCUUCUUCUUCUAUCCUCCCUGGCCCUCCUGCAAACCUCUACAAUCUCUCUGUCAUUCCAAAACAGUUUUCCUUCUUCUCGAAUAUACCCUGCGCCAC